UCAACUCACACCUCUCUAAAAUCAUUUCUUACUCACCGCUUUUCAUGAUCCUCUCCUGUAGACCUUUUGAAUAAUACUUCACUCUGUUUUUUUUUUUUUCUCCUAAAAAAUGGUUGACAUAUAAGUAGUAAAUAUAUACUAUGUACACUCUGUCGUUAGUUUUUUCAAUCUCUAUAUAUGUGCUUUAUUCUUUUUUUUUCUCCUUUAAUUUGGGUUUGAUUCUCAUGUCCAGAGUUUCUGUCCCUCUUUAAUUUGCAUCUGUUCCUUAUUUCUCCCCACCUCAUUAAUUUAGAUCAUCACUUGUUUUCUCUUUUAUUAAUUUAAUUUUCUCCUUUUUUGUUCUUUUUCAAAUUCUGCUUCUUAGCUAUCAUUUCAUCUUGUUCUUCGCUUUACUUGAUUCCAUGAACUUCUUCUGCAUCUAAUUCUCCUUUAAGAAAAAGUGUUCCAGCUUACCCUAAUUCUAUCUUUAGUCUUCACAAGAAAUAGAGGAUAAAAAAGCCUAUAUAUCUUCAAGAUAGUCUCAAAGUUUUUAGGGUCUUGUUCAAAAUAAGCAAACAAGUAAAAAUCUUGAGUUUGAGCUAAUUUUGCAAUUCUGGCGAAUUGGUGGGGUGGUCAGGUGGGCAUGUCCAGCCUAGAGCCAGGAUCUUGCCCACCUAUGAAGCAGCUUUCCGUGAAUGAGAGUGGGAGCAGUGGUGAAAAUCAAGAAGAUAAUGAUCGCGAUCAUGAGCCUAAAGAAGGUGCUGUUGAAGUUGGUAAUCGAAGACCUAGAGGUCGUCCUCCCGGAUCCAAGAACAAACCCAAACCCCCAAUUUUUGUGACUCGCGAUAGCCCUAAUGCCCUCCGGAGCCACGUUAUGGAGGUGGCCGGGGGCACAGAUGUGGCAGAUAGCAUUGCCCAAUUCGCCAGGAGGCGCCAACGUGGCGUUUGUGUGCUUAGUGGGAAUGGUUCGGUUGCAAAUGUAACCCUAAGGCAGCCCUCAGCUCCAGGUGCAGUUGUUCUUCAAGGAAGAUUCGAGAUUUUGUCCUUGACCGGAGCAUUUUUGCCCGGUCCAGCCCCUCCUGGAUCGACCGGACUAACUGUCUACUUGGCCGGUGGCCAAGGGCAAGUGGUGGGUGGUAGUGUUGUUGGACCAUUAAUUACUGCUGGACCAGUGAUGAUUGUAGCAGCCACUUUUUCUAAUGCAACCUAUGAAAGAUUGCCCCUAGAAGAAGAGGACGAGGCCGGAGGUGGUGGGUCCGGCCAAUCUCCAGUACAGCCCGGAAAUUCGCCUCCAGCCUUAGGUUCACAUGGUGGAAGGCAACAACAACAACAUGAAUUGACUGAUCCAUCAUCACUGCCUAUAUAUAAUUUUACACCAAAUUUAUUACCAAAUGGUGGACAAUUGAAUCAUGAUGCAUUUGCUUGGGCAAAUCCCCGACCACCUUAUUGAGGUUAAAAAUAAUAGAAGGGAAAUUUGAAGAAUAAAAGAAGGGUAGGAUCUAGAGAUCAUUUACUAAGCUAAAUUUGUAUCAGUGUUUGAUUUUAUACAUAGAGUUUAAUGUUUGUGUUUGUAGGAAAACGUUUUGGGAGAAGCAUAUAUAGAAUGGAGAAACUAUAUACUUUUUCUAAGUAAAUAAACAUUUUCUCUAGCAUGUUCCAUUAUGGUUGAAAUAAAAUAUGGUUUCCUUUUUCUCCAAUAAUUUACUCUAUCUUUAAGUUAGUGUGUUUACUAUAAGAAUUACAGGAGAUAUGCCAAUAAUAUUGUUGUUUUUUUUU